GCCAGUGUGUCAGGCUCGAGAUAAACUGAUAUUUUCGUCGUAAAAUAUGGCUGGCAGUGCUUCAGGUCCUUCACUGCCAUUUAGGCUUUUUCUUCUACUCAUAGUAAUUGGAGGUGUCUCCAUAAUGGUCAUGAUGAUGAGGACAGCGUCUUUGAAAACAGUUAAAAUUGCUUAUCAUGCCUCGUGGUUUAAUUACAUCAACAUUCUUACUGAAUCCUGGCGGAGGAUGGAAGCAGUUGUUAUGGGCAAUGAGACGAUUCUGUAUAAUUUAGCCGAUCUUCCUGCUGCUCUUCGGAUGGAUGAAGAAUUGGCUGAAGAAAUAAUGACCAGUACUUUUAACCCUAGAGUACUGUACCAUGACCCGAACUUUAUGAAAGCAGUGUCUAAGAUGGAUUUGGAACUAAAUACAUCAAAAUCAUCCCGCAGCCCUAACUUGUCCGAUUGCCCGGACUUGCCAAAGGUACCGUCGUAUGUGAAACCUUACGACGGUUGGAUCCCAGUUCAUAAGGAAGUCAACGAAAAACCAUCGAAGUCUAAAUCCAAAAUACCAAUUACGUCAGAUGUAAAUGAAACACACUACAUCUUCCAAGCCUACUAUGACAACAGAGAAAACGCACGUUUGGUUCGGGUGCUGUCAUUUUCGACAGCUGCAGGAUUGAGACCACUUUUCUAUUGUCAGCUAUGGUUCACAGAUCCAGAAACACGGGUUACUUACAAUCGGGUGGUUCGUGGAGAGAAGAAAUUUCUAUACAGAAAAUGCGAACACAUGUACUUUCCUCUGUUCAUCAACUGUAAAGUCGACAAAGAACACCCGAUUCCAUACGCAGUAUCUAUUGUCCUGGAACGCUGCAUCAUGCCGUACAAUAUUCUUAUGGUAGUGGACACCACGAAACAACCGGAAAAGAAGGACAAUGUGGGCAUCUGUGUAAAACCAAUGAAUGGACCAUAUCAGAGUAGCACCAGGCUGGUGGAAUUUAUUGAAGUAAAUAAGAUGUUUGGGGCAGAACAUCUCAUAAUUUACGACUACGCCCACAAUAAAUCGCUUUUCUUGCCCAUCAUCAGGCACUACGUGAGUAGAAGAGUGAUUUCGGUGAUUCCCUGGUCGCUGCCCCCCUCUUCACGAAAAAUAGCACAACGGCAUGACCCUAAUUUCUUGUCUUGGAUUAUAAGGUGUGGACUAAUUGCUUCGUCAACCGACUGCUUGUACAGGAGCAUGGCACGAUUCAGGUACGUGGCAUUCGUAGACAUGGACGAAUAUAUCGUGCCACGCUCGAACAUUUCUCUGAAAGACAUGAUCCGAGCUCUCCCGAAGGGACACGCUGUGUAUUCUUUUCAAAAUCGUUUAUUUGACUUGGACUGGCUUCCAAAACCACAGGCUCUGCAAGCUCUUCAGACAGAUUCUCGAAUGUUCAGGUACGCUCCGAAAACACUGAUGGUGACGGAAUCAGGGGCGCCAAACGAUACGCUAGCCCUUAAAUAUAUAAUGCAACCGAAGUCAGCUUGGGCAAUACGACUUCAUCAGCCUCUUUUAUUGAAUGACAAUGGGACGCGUUUUACAGUACCAAGUAAUCUUGGUCUGCUGCACCAAUAUCGCUUUCAAGUGUCUAAAAAUUCCAAUGUACAGCUGCAAAGGGAAAUCGAUCCAUACAUGUUGAAAUUCAAGGAAAGCAUCCUUUCAAGAAUCGAUGGAAUUUUUAAUAAAACUCGAGCUACUGUGACAUUGUAAAUUAGAAGCCCUUUAAUUGGGUUCUGAAUGUAAGCAUCAGUCAGCGUUUACAAAACGCCGUCAUAAAAAGGAGAUGACUGCUCAUAAGGAAUGUUUUUUUUUUUACUUUUUUUUUACUUUUUAUUUGUACAAUUCCAAAAACAGAAUGCUGAUUGGUAGUAUGCCAUUCAGCAAUCUUCUCAUUUGCAUGUGCAGUUUCAUAUCAGAAAAAUUCGUUUAUAAACUAUCACUGCAGAAAAAAAUCGAAAUGCAUUCAUCUUCCCCUCUCUAUGAAAUAUUACAUUGAAAGAGAUUAAGUAGUGUACGAAAUAACUUUAUUCUUACCAUUA